CAACUUUAUCCCAGUGCGGAACGGAACUAAUUGCUGUAUACACAUAGUUAUAGAAUUGUUUUAAGAUGUUAAGUAGACAUCAAAGGACUCUGGUAACAUUAUUAAUAGAAUUAUAAUACAUUAUAUUAUUAUCUUAUUAUUAUUGUAGUAGUAGUAGUAGUCGAAUAUACAUAAAAUGUUAAGAUGUUACAAUUAGUUAGUGGAUAACUAACCAUUUGGUACACCUUUAACCCCGCAAACUCCCCCAACCAUCGCGCGAAUCGCACGGCCUUUGCAGCUAGAUAGAGUGCUCUCCUGUCCAAUCACUGGCGACCAACGCGCAGCGACAUCCAAUAGGAAAGGAAGGAGGCGGGGACAGAGCCCAGCAAUGCUUCAACGGAGGAGGAGGUGUUCCUGGUGGCCAUCUUGGAUGCGCGGAGUGAUUGUUUGGCGAAUAGAAGUAAUAGGAAAUUAAAAAUAAAGACCGGAAAAAAAAGUUGGGAAAUUGUUAACAGAACACAAGCUGAAAGAAAAGAGGAAAGGUGAAACUAAGGAAAAUCAGGUAAAACCGGCUCUUGUUUGGGCGAAAGAAGGCAUGAAGAAAACAUCUUAGUCAAGUCAUGGCUGAUAAAAGAAAACUACAAGGUGAAAUUGAUCGAUGUCUAAAAAAAGUCACUGAAGGAGUUGAACAGUUUGAAGACAUUUGGCAAAAGCUUCACAAUGCAGCCAAUGCCAACCAAAAAGAGAAGUAUGAGGCUGACCUCAAGAAAGAGAUAAAAAAAUUACAGCGCCUCCGAGACCAGAUUAAGACGUGGGUGGCUUCAAACGAGAUCAAAGACAAAAGGCAGCUAGUGGACAACCGCAAACUCAUAGAGACACAAAUGGAGCGCUUUAAAAUUGUGGAGCGAGAGACAAAAACGAAAGCGUACUCCAAAGAGGGACUCGGCCUUGCUCAGAAAGUAGACCCUGCACAAAAAGAGAAAGAGGAGGUUGGACAGUGGCUAACGACAACGAUAGACACGUUAAACAUGCAGGUGGACCAGUUUGAAAGUGAGGUGGAAUCACUCUCAGUCCAGACACGGAAAAAGAAAGGAGACAAAGAGCUGUGGGUCAGUGGCAGCUCUCUCUGUUUUUUCCAUCAGAAGCAGGAUCGGAUAGACGAGCUGAAAAGGUUGAUUGAGAGGCACCGCUACCACAUUCGUAUGCUGGAGACCAUUUUGCGAAUGCUAGAUAACGACUCGGUACAGGUGGAUUCCAUCCGCAAAAUCAAGGACGACGUGGAGUACUACAUCGAUUCUUCUCAGGAUCCUGACUUUGAGGAGAAUGAAUUCCUCUACGAUGACCUGGACCUGGAGGAUAUAUCCCAGCCAUUGGUCGCCACAUCUCCUCCAACUCACACGGAGGAUGAAAUCUUCCAGCACUCCAGUUCCACACCGACAUCCACCACUUCGUCUUCCCCAAUUCCUCCAUCCCCAGCUACUUGCACUACAAAUUCUGAAGAUGAUAAGAAGCGAGGUCGUUCCACAGAUAGUGAAUUCAGUCAGUCUCCAGUAAAGAAUGGCAAUCCAUCAUCUCUUUCCUCAUCCUCGUCAUCCUCGUCAUGUUCGGGAUCCUCUUCUACCUUAGUGGUGUCUUUGGCGACCAUGGCAAGCAGCAGUAUCUCGGCAGUCGGGGGCAGCAGCCUCCUGAGCAAUAUAGGAGGCCAUGUACAAAACUCAUGCAGCUACAGUUCCGCCAUCCAGCAGCAAAUGCAGUCCAAAAAUGCCAUCAACUCCCAAUCCAGCAUUUCUGCCUCAGCAACUCCCUCAAAUAUCCUCUUACCCAACCCUACAUCAACCUCUUCUCCUUCUAAUAUCAGUUCACCAAGCAACCAGGUCCAGCCUCCGCUCACUCCAAGUCCAGCUUCCAGCCUGAGCCAUGCUCUCAGCCUGGGCCUAGCCAAGAGUGGUGUGCCGACCACCAGUGGCAUUGGCCAGAUUCCCGGCCUUGGUCUUUCAGGGAUGCCAGCAUCCAGGACCAGUAUGCCAGGGCCCCUGCAAAGUUCCACACCAGCACCAUACGCCCAGGCCGCUGCAUCCGGCACUGCCAAUGCCACAGUUAAUGCCAAUGUCACAAACUCCAGUGGAGUACAACCAGCUGGCACAAAUGGAAACAGUGCUUCAACAGGUCUCUUGGGGUCAGCACCAGGCACUACAGGGAUCAGCAGUGCAGUCUUAGGUCUGGGGACCACACAGACUGCAGUGCAGCCCUCGUCCUUGGUGACGCCCAGCCCCGUUGGAGGAGGACUGGUGCAGGCGAGCAGCGUGGGCGUUAUUGGGAGUAACGGUGGAAACUCUACAUCAGGAAAUGCAACAGCUGUGGGCAGCUCUGGGCUUCCAAGGCCACCUAGUGGGCAGAAGCAGAAUGGAGGCACAACCUACAGUGCCAUAGUAGCAGAUAGCACAUCUGAUUCUGCCCUCAACAGUGCCAGCCAGUUACAAAAUAACCAACCCUCAUCCUUAAAUUCCACAACCAAUCUGCCUAAGGACAGUGGGUCCAGCCUUCUGGGGUCUAUGACUCUUCCUACCAGUUCACCAUCGCCCUCAUAUAGUGAGAGUAAUCCGAGUGGGGGCAGCCUGUUGAAUGGACCUCACUCCUACACACAAGCGGCUGAUGCCAUCAAGCCUCAGGAACCGCUCAGUUCUCUAAAAUCGAUGGCAGAGAGAGCGGCUCAGGGCUCAGGUUUAGAGGGAGAACUCUCUGCGCUACAUCUCACUGGAGUAAACAAAGUUGGAGAUUGGAAUACAGGAGUGUGCAAUGGUUCAGAUAUCUUCCCUAGUUCCACAGCCCCGUCAGGUCCCCCUACAGCCCCCCAGUCUUCUCUUUCAGAGGUUAACAUUCCUCCAUCACUGGGUGUCUGUCCUCUGGGUUCUGUCCCCAUCUCCAAAGAGCAGCACUACCAGCACAUUAUGCAAGAGGCAGCCUGGACACACAUGCCCCACCCGUCAGACUCCGAGAGGAUCAGGCAGUACCUGAUGAGGAAUCCCUGUCCUACAUUGCCUUUCCAUCACCAGGUGCCACCACCACACACAGACUGUGUGGACUUCUACCAGAGGCUGUCUACAGAGACACUCUUCUUCAUUUUCUACUACCUUGAGGGCACAAAGGCUCAGUAUUUGGCAGCCAAAGCUUUGAAAAAGCAGUCGUGGAGGUUCCACACAAAGUACAUGAUGUGGUUCCAGAGGCAUGAGGAGCCUAAGACCAUCACUGAUGAGUUUGAGCAGGGGACAUACAUCUACUUUGACUACGAGAAGUGGGGCCAGAGGAAGAAAGAAGGAUUCACGUUUGAGUACAGGUAUCUUGAGGACCGGGACCUCCAGUGACGGACAAUAAGAACUGCAGACUACUGUUGACAUUCCUGGACUGAAUCCGCACUCUCACGCACAUGUGGUGUGGCGACUCAGAUGCUGUAGCGAGCUGUUUUAUGUCUCGUUGGUGCAUAUUGCCUUUGGAGUUUCUCACAGUACCUACAAAAUCCACUUGCCCAGUACUUUUUCCACUUACCACCUUGUUUUAGUAAAAUCUGGACAGAGCAUUCUUGAGCCAAAGAGACACAAGCUUAAAAUAAUUUCAUCCAGCACAGUAAGAUGACGACAAACACAAGUCAGGUUGUGUGGUACGAUUCAUAGUGCACAAGCAAAUGUUAAAUAUCUGUUCUAGCACAAGGAAUACUGAGCUGUGGGAGACCAAAUUCAAUUGCAUAUUCUUGAAGUUGUCAUCAUUUUAAAGCUGGAUGAAAUGAACUGGCUUGCAUUUGAUGUCUGACCGAAACCAUAAUCAAUAAUUCCAUUCGCUUCCUCCUUGUACCUUAAGCAUUUUUUUUAAAUACAGUGGGACAUUUUAAAAUUAGAGUUGUCCAAAUUAUUAUACAACAAUCCAAUAUUCAAGAGUAAUUACAAUCUGUAUCCCACCCCACUCCAUCCAGCCCCUAAUUCUAACUAAAGAUAACGACACUGCCCAGAGUGAGAGAGAAUUGGAAUGAAAAGCACCAGCACUAAACAAAAAAUAGAGAGAGGGAGAAAAAAAAAAAAAAGUCUGCUCAUUCAGAAUUGGACCUGCACCCAUUACUGAGGCUCAGGGAAAAAAAAAAAAAGGUAAUAAAAGACUUGGUUUGCAUGACCACAGUAUUGUGUAUGGAUCGUACAAAACCUUAAUUUCGACUGACUAAAAGAAAAAAUAUUUUGUGGAUCAUUAAAAGCCCUUGGUCAGUAUGAGAUGAACUUGUUUUUGGACUUUCACAAAAAAAAAAAAGGGCAUGCUUUUCUGAAGCAUCACUACGGUCACAUAAGGGACUAAAUAGCCCCCAUUACUUUCACCUUAUUCGCCAGCAAUCUGCUUCAUUUCACAAAGUUUCUUAAUUAUAAUAUUCUCCAAUGUUUGGAGUGUCACCCCAGUCAUUUAUCCCUUCCCCCUCCCCACCAUCCCCAUGAGAACUUGCCUUGCCAUCUUGGAUAUAACUAAUCUGAAGAAAGUAAAAAGUAAUCAGUGACUUAUGUUUUGUUUAAUUCCAUUAAACACGGUGCAUGAUACCUAUGUGACGAGUGGCCAUGUGCCCCAUCUAGUUUUUGUUACGUUUACCUUUUCUGAGCGUACUGUAUGGAAGAGAAUUAAAAUGUGAAUUAUAUAUAUAUUUUUUCCUAACUGGAAAAAAAGUGAUGUACAGAGCAUUCUUUCAUCUCGUGUCUUUUUUUUUUUUCUCUUUCCCCUCCAUUUUCAAAGGAGCAGCAUAAAAAAAUGACAAUUGCAAAGUGGAGAGGAGUUCAAGAACAUUACACAAGACAAUAAAAUGAAGUAAAGGAUUGUAAAGUAUUAAUAAAGAUUACUUUUCAAAUAA